AUGGAGGCUGAGCCUCUUCUGCAACAACUAUGCUUCCUACUCGCCAGCCUGGACGCCGCUUCAGCGCCCCCAGCGCUGCUUGCCCCUCGGCGGCGCGCGCUGGAGGAAGUGGCGAAGGAGCUGCAGAGUGCGGCCAAAGCUGCGGCAAAUGCAGAGCUGAACGAGGCCUCGGAGCAGGUGCUUCGUGACCGGCAGGCGGAGAUGAAGCAGUUGCUGGAGGGCAUGAUGAAAGAAGUGGCCGGUGAACCUUGGCACUCUCCACCAGCCCAGCGCCGGCUGCUGGGCUUCGAGCGCAGCCUCCGCGAGGCGGCGGAGGAGUUGACCAGGUCGAUUCGAACCCUUGCGGGGCCAGAGAAGCAAUUCAAGUACGUCCGCCCCGUGAACAUGAAUGACCCCGAAGACGUGAGAGUCAGUGGCAUGGCUGCUGAUCCGCCAUCGCGGGUGGAACCCGAUCGUCUCGGUGAUCAUCACGGAGCGUUGGACCUCAACGCGCGGCAAGCGCUUGGCAUUGUAUCGCCAGCUGCAGACAAGGCGGCUUGGGCCAUAAAGCCAGACUUGUACCAUGCAGAGCGGGGGCGAUCCUGCGCUAAGCUGAGUGGCAUUCGGCCUGUUGACCUGUUCAGUUUAAAUGACUCGCGUGCUAUGUUAGCAACAACGUGGCGCUUGAUAGUAGCUGUGCAAGAUGAAGACGUGCUGGCAAAGGCAGUUCGCUACCAGCAGGUUGUGGCUGGACCAUUGGCUGACGAGCACACAAAGAUCCUGGCUUCGCAAAUUGGAGGCGACCGGAGAUCUGCAGCCAUGCUUGUGUGGAUGGGCGAGGCAGGAGCACAGGCGCUCGCCUCACAACUUGGAGAGGACUGCGACAACCUGGCGCACCGAAUGGCCAUGACCUCACUCUUGGCAUCUGGUUCCACCGGCCUUCAGGCGCUGCACGGCGCACUCGGAGGCUCCGACCCCCUGGGCCGGCAGAAUGCCGCGGAAGCCCUGGCCACUGCCGGUGAAGAAGGUAGCAAAGCGCUCGUAGACAGGUUGAACGAUCCAUCUGCAGAUGUCCGGCUCUCUGCUGCCUGGGGAUUGUCUAGGAUCCCCAAGCUCUCUCGCACUGCAGCCCUCGCCCUGGCGCAUGGGCUGGAGGAUGCGGCCAUACGCACAUUUGCUUUGCAGGCCCUUAGCUUGAGGGGCGACCUGGGAGCCUUUGCACUAGCUACGCAGCUGGCCUCUGAGCAAAAGGAGGCGCAGCAAGCGGCCGCCGCAGGUCUGCAGAAGCUUGGAGAGGUUGGGGCACGCGGAGCAGCCGAGAUGCUUAGCCACCAGAGCCCAAGCGCACGGCGUCGAGCCGUCGAGCUGCUUGCCUCUAUGGGGCCAGAUGCUGCCCGUGCGCUUGCGCCGUGGCUGCGCGAUGCUCACGGUGACCAUCGCCGCAGGGCUGCGGAGGCCAUGGGACGCUUGGGCGAAGCUGCAGCACGAGAGGUGAAAGCCUUGUCACGGCUUUUGGAGGAUCCAGAUCCUUAUGCCCGAGUUAGUGCUGCACGUGCACUCCGCACAGAGGGCAUCAGAGAGGCCGCCACUGCUGCUGGCAUCUCGGAAGAGCGAAUAGCUGCGGUCCUGCAUAGAGAGGUGCCUCGCAGAGCAAGACAUCGCUUUGCACCCUCGCAAAUUGGAUGA